GGUGGCUGGUUUCACCCGCAGUGUUUUGGGCGGCUCGUGCAGACAAACAUCAGCUGAGUUCCGCCAGUCUGAUAUGAUUUAAACUCGCACGUUUACCGCAGCGAAUGUAUAAAUAACGCCUCUGUAGAGAGUAAAAGUGCCCGCUGAGCCAUGUGGAUUACCCCGGAGGAGGUGUUACUGGCGAACGCGCUGUGGGUGAGCGAGCGGGCGAAUCCGUAUUUCAUUCUGCAGAGGAGGAAGGGACACGGCAGAGGAGGCGGCAUCACGGGUUUGCUGGUGGGUACGUUGGACGUUGUGUUGGACUCUAGCGCUCGUGUGGCUCCGUACCGAAUUCUGCACCAGACGGGAGAGUCCCAGAUCUUUUGGAACAUCGCUUGUGGCUCAUCUCGUAAGGAGAUCACUGAGCACUGGGAGUGGCUCGAGGCCAAUCUACUCCAGACUCUGUCCAUCUUUGACAAUGAUGAUGACAUCACCACCUUCGUCAAGGGUAAAAUACAGGGCAUCAUCGCUGAGGACAAUAAGAGCGGCAAAGCUCAGGAAGACGAGGAUCCCGGAAAGUUUCGUGAAGCCGAGCUGAAGAUGCGGAAGUUGUUCGGAAUGCCGGAGGAAGAGAAGCUGGUGAACUAUUAUCCUUGCAGCUAUUGGAAGGGUAGAGUCCCACGACAGGGCUGGAUUUACCUGUCCAUCAAUCACCUGUGCUUCUACUCCUUCCUGCUUGGAAAAGAGGUUUCAUUGGUAAUUCAGUGGACAGACGUCACUCAGUUGGACAAGAACGCCACGCUGGUUUUCCCAGAGAGCAUCCGUGUGAGCACACGGGACACUGAACAUUUCUUCUCCAUGUUCCUCAACAUCAAUGAGACCUUCAAACUGAUGGAGCAGCUGGCCAACAUCGCCAUGAGACAGCUGUUGGACAAUGAGAGCUUCGCUGCAGAUCGCUCCCUCCCCAAACCCUGCAAGACCCUCAAAAACGUCUCUACGCUCAAAAGGGACUUGGAUGCCCGUGCAAAGAAUGAGCGAUACAGAAUGCUCUUCCGGCUCACACAGGACGAGCGUUUGGAUGGACACACCGACUGCACGCUCUGGACACCGUUCGCUAAGAUGCACGUCGUUGGACAAAUGUUUGUGUCUAACAACUACAUCUGCUUUGCCAGUCGAGAGGAAGAUCUGUGUCAGCUUAUCAUUCCACUGAGAGAGGUCUCUAUAGUGGAGAAAGCAGACAGCAGCAGUGUUUUGCCCAGUCCACUGUCAAUCAGCACUAAAAACAAGAUGACCUUCCUGUUUGCCAAUCUUAAAGACCGAGACUUCCUGGUUCAGCGAAUCUCUGACUUCCUGCAGCGGACGCCUGACAGACCCUGUGGCCUAAAUGUCCAAUCAGAGAACCCCAGCCCGAGCACGCCACCCUCUCUGCCCCCGUCUCCUCCUGUUCUGGGGGCUGGAGAGUUACCCCAAAACAAACACUACAGCCCCAGUCUGCCCACCGCUAAGCAGGGCCUCCUGAGAAUCUACCAGCAGGACGUCCCAGAGGAGCUGGGGCCCAAAGUGACGAGAGAGAAGAUGAAAGAAGAAUCAUGGAACAUCCACUUUUUUGAGUUUGGACGUGGUGUGUGUAUGUACCGGACGUCUAAGACCCGAGAGCUGGUUCUGAAUGGGAUACCUGAAAGUUUGAGAGGAGAACUCUGGCUGCUCUUCUCAGGUGCUCAGAAUGAGAUGGCCACACACCCAGGUUAUUAUGGCAGUUUGGUUGAGCAGGCGAUGGGUAAAUGCACUCUAGCGACGGAGGAGAUCGAAAGAGAUCUUCACCGCUCCAUGCCCGAGCACCACGCCUUCCAGAAUGAGAUGGGCAUCGCCGCCCUGAGACGAGUCCUUACAGCCUAUGCAUACAGGAACCCGGGCAUUGGAUACUGCCAGGCGAUGAACAUUGUAACAUCAGUGUUGUUGUUGUAUUGUACUGAAGAGGAGGCGUUUUGGCUGCUUGUCUCUCUUUGUGAACGGAUGCUUCCUGAUUAUUACAACACUAGAGUUGUGGGGGCGUUGGUGGAUCAGGGUGUGUUUGAAGAGCUCACCCGUGAGUGUUUGCCGUUGCUAUACGAGCACAUGCAGGAGUUGGGCGUCAUCUCCACCAUCUCUCUGUCCUGGUUUCUCACACUCUUUCUGUCCGUCAUGCCUUUCGACAGUGCAGUGCUGCUGGUCGACUGUUUCUUCUACGAGGGCAUUAAAGUCAUUUUCCAGGUGUCCUUGGCUGUGCUGCACGCUAAUAUGGAUCAACUGCUGUCCUGUUCAGAUGAAGGAGAAGCCAUGACUAUUCUGGGCAGAUAUUUGGACAAUGUUGUAAAUAAACAGACUGUUUCUCCGCCCAUUCCCCACCUUCACGCCCUGUUGACCAGUGGCAACAACCCCCCACCUGAGAUUGACGCCUUCGAACUCAUUAAAUCGUCCUAUGAGAAGUUUGGCAGUCUGCGUGCCGACGUUAUAGAGCAGAUGAGGUUUAAACAAAGGUUAAAGGUCAUUCAGUCGCUAGAAGAUACAGCCAAGAGAAGUGUGGUACGAGCCAUCAUGACCGAAUCUGCCUUCAGUAUUGAGGAGUUGGAAGAACUGUAUGUUCUGUUUAAGGCGAAACACAUCAUGAGCUGUUACUGGGGAUCGAGCAGCACCGCAGCAGAGCGUCACGACCCCAGUCUACCUUAUCUGGAGCAGUACCGAAUUGACUGCGGUCAGUUCGUACAGCUCUUCUCCGCUUUAGCACCCUGGAGCUGUGGACUUCACACCAACACACUCGCUAGCAGACUCUUCCGCCUGCUCGACCAAAACAAAGACUCUCUCAUCAACUUUAAAGAGUUUGUCACAGGACUCAGUGGGAUGUAUCAUGGAGACAUGACUGAAAAACUCAAACUUCUCUACAAACUUCACCUGCCUCCUGCAUUGUGUCCAGAAGAGGCGGAGUCGGCGCUUGAGGCAACACAGUUCUUCACUGAUGAUGAUGCACCACAGGAUCCUUCCUUCCUGUCUCAUCUGGACUUCCUAGCACAGGAAGUGACCUCAGGUGAGGAGCUGAAGGAGGCAGGAGACACAUCAACGGCUGGAGACACCGAUGAAAAGAAAGAGGAGAAGCCAAAGGACUAUAAAUAUUAUCUGAGAAUGUGGGCCAAAGAACAUGAGCCAAAGAAAGAGAGUAUUAAAGAUCUGCCCCGGAUGAAUCAGGAGCAGUUUAUUGAAAUGUGCAAGACUCUCUAUAACAUGUUCAGUGAACAUCACAUGGAGCAAGAGCUGUAUCAUGGCAUCGCCACCGUGGCGAGUCUCCUACUGCGAAUCGGAGAAGUUGGGAAGAAAUUCACCAACAACGGCAGUAAGAAAUCUGAACCGCAGCCGCCCGCCACUGAUGAAAUUCUACAGCCAGAGAGAGAAGAUUCAUCUGGGGAUGGUGGAUCAGGACAGUCCCUGGUCUGUAAGGCCUUGGCGGAGGCACAACUGGAAACGCCGCCUCCUACGGCGCCCAGCUCGGACGAAGACGCGAAAGACGACACGUCUGUUUCGUCAUACUCCAUGGUGAGCGCCGGUUCGCUGCAGUGCGAGGACAUCGCAGAAGACACCGUUCUGAUUGGCUGCUUAAAUGCAGUGGGUGGAGACGGGGCGGAUCGGAGGAGGUGCAGCGCCCCGGAUGCCGAUUGGUCGAUCACGUUUGAGCAGGUUUUAGCAUCAUUUUUGACGGAAUCAUCGCUGGUUGACUACUUUGAGAACAAACAUGAUAUACAGAGCAAAAUAACAGCAUGUAAAUUGCUAAGAGCAGUCGAGAGACAAACUAGUACAUCAAGUGAUCACGAUUUCUCUCUGUCCACACACUGACAGCAAACACACUCAUACAGACAUGAAAACAUGCAUGAACACAGACAUAACUGUAGGUAUGUCAAGACUAACACAUAAGAUAUUAUCUAUAGGAGUUUGAUACUUCUAGUCUGUGUCAUAGUCUACAAAUGGUGUUAAAGUCCUUUGCCAGGCACUUUCUAUACCAUUUAACCGCUCAUGUUUUAGAUGUAAUGACCAUGUUUCACCUAAGUGUCCAGUUUUGCUGGAUUUCAUCUUUUGAAAACGUCAACUAGAGUUCUGGAAUUGAGGAUCAUAGGAUAUGGUUAAAGUUUCUUAAACUGCUUGUGUAGGCAUCUGGGUUUACACAAUUAAAUGUAUCUAUAGUAACUGCUUUAGCCACACUAUAAAGAUCAAUGUAUGAAAUGUCACACUAAAUAUUUUAUUUGCACACUCGUCCCAGGUUGGAUUGAAGAGAGAUAACCUCACACUAAAGUAUAUGUCACUAAUGCUUUCUUGCACGCAUGCUAUAGCUGAAUAUAAUCAGUGUAUUUGGCAGUAAGAAGUGUCCUUUAGGUGAAUGUGAAAUAGAUUCACUUUAAAACUGGUUUCCUGUGUCCUUACCCCCAUCGGAUAGAAAAACAAUAAUCUCUUUACUCUUUGCUUUGGCUCAAAGCCAUUACCAAGUAUUCGUGUACCUGCUCACUGAUAAAAAAAAAAAAAAAAAUAGCUUUACUGGUCUUUGCCUUACUGAAAUGAUCAGACACUUACCGCUCAUUCUGGCUGGUCACAGCCUUGUUUUUCAUAACAUUUGUUGGUUAAGUUUUGUCAGAUAUUUGUUCACCAGAAUCUACAUAAACGUUACUGCAGUGGAUCUAGCUUUUCUUUGCGUUAAAAUGUCCUUUACCACGUAAAGCAGGGCUCGUUUCUUGUUUAUUCUCAAAAAAAAAAAAAAAAAAAUUCUAUUUUAUUUGUUUCUUUACCUUUAGAUUAUGCAGUACAAUCAUUGUGCCUUUUUCAUGAAACACGUGCAGAUUGACUUUGUGUAUGUGAAUUAUUGCAUUACAUUCUCAAUUUCUAAAAAAAAAAAUUCUUACAAAUAUUUUUACGCAAAUUGACGCAUUGAAUUCAAAACACUGAUUGUGAACAUUUUGCACAAAUUAAAAAAACGGCAUUCGUAAAAACAUUGACGCAUUGAAUUAAAAACGGCAUUCGUAAAAACAUUUUACAUAAAUGACGCAUAGAAUUCAAAACACCAAUUGUGAAAACAUUUUGCACUGAAUUAAAAAAAUGGCAUUAGUAAAAAAAAAAUGUACAUAAAUUUACGCAUUUAAAACGGCAUUCGUAAAAACAUUUGAAAAAAACGUAAAUUGACGCAUUGAAUUCAAAACGGCAUUUGUAAAAAAUGUUUACGUAAAUUGAUGCAUUGAAUUCAAAACAGCAUUCGUAAAAACACUUUACAUAAAUUGACGCAUAGAAUUCAAAACACCAGUUGUGAAAACAUUUUGCACAAAUUGAUGCACUGAAUUAAAAAAACGGCAUUAGUAAAAAAACAAAUUACAUAAAUUUACGCAUUCAAAACGGCAUUCGUAAAAACAUUUGACAUAAAUUGACGCAUUGAAUUCAAAACGGUAUUUGAAAAACUUAAAUUGACGCAUUGAAUUCAAAACGGCAUUUGUAAAACAUUUUUACGUAAAUUGAUGCAUUGAAUUUAAAACGGCAUUUGUAAAACAUUUUUACGUAAAUUGAUGCAUUGAAUUUAAAACGGCAUUUGUAAAAACAUUUUACAUAAAUUGACGCAUUGAAUUAAAAACACCAUUUGCUAAAAAUUUUCAUAUAAAUUGUCGCAUUAAAUUCAAAAGACCAUUCAAAAAUGUUUACGUUAAAUUGUCGCAUUCAAUUUAAAACACAUUCAUAAAAACUAGUUAAAGAUUUGUAAAACCAUUUUUGAAGAAAAAAAAAUUCUUAAGAAUGGUUUACAAAUUAUGUACACUCGUGUUUCAUGAAUUCCCAUCGUGUUCCCAUUUAAGUUUAUUUUGUAACUAUUAGUUAAAGUUGCAAACUAUUUCCAGUUCUUUAUAGCUAUGCUUUUUUUUUUUUUUUUUUAUAAAAUGAAGACAAGAAAAACUCCACAACAUUUAAACUCAAGAAUUCUAGAACUCUUGAGUGGGGUUCUAGAAACAUUUAACCAAGUUUCACAAUUACAAAAAGAACAUGUUCUGUGUAUGUAAAUAGAGAUGAAUCUAGAACCUUGUUUUUAAUGUCAGACUUCGCCUUUAUUUAAUCAUUUAAUUACGCAACUAAAAGAUGAGCGCUAGUUUCAGUUAUCUGGACACUUGUAUUAAAUCAGAUGCCGUCUGGCUUCUUAAUCUGUAAAUAGUUGCAUAUCACAUAUUCUAAUAUCAUACGUUUUAAUGUUAAAUUGUAUGCAAUGAUUUAUCACCAUUUAUUUUGAUAUAUCCUGUAUGUAUUGCUUUGCUUUUACGUUAUUAUCGGUCUCUAUCAGUCUCUAUUCUAUAUUUGUAAUUUGUCUUUUUGUACUCCGUUAAUUAGCUUUUAAGUCGAAACGGAUCAGAUUCUUAAAGGCUUCAGUAUUAAUUUUGUUUUGUGAGGUUUUAAAAACAAUUAAAAACAGGACCGAUUCCUAAAACUAAAUUUGAUAUAAUUAAACCAGUAGAAAUGAGAUAUUUUAAAUCACUGACGCAGUGUUAACAUUUUAUAAUAUGUUUUUAAAAUUAGACUAUAGCUGCCAAUGUACGUUGCAGGCCAACAGCAGCCGGCUGAAUUAGGAUACAUUGACCCAAUUGCAUUGAAUGGAGCAAAUAUAAUUCACAUCUCUCUUUUAGCUCUUUUGUCAUUUGAUACCGUUAAUCUGAAUGUGAAUGAAUAUUGCGCACCUGCCAUUUGACCUCUGUUUUACUGUGAAAAUAACUCUGGCUUCACUUCACUGUGUUUCUUAUUAACAAUGCUGAUUAAUUGCACAACCUAUCACUGUUUCAACUUAAAUCCUGCAUUUCAAAGGAGUGAAUGAUUUCAUUUUAUUUUCAUUGUGGAGAAUGUUUAUAAGGCUUCUGUCUCGUUCAAUGACCUGCAGUAGUUAUUAUCUGAUGUCCACUCAUUUAAAGGUUUUAAAACUUAUUGUCAUGAACCAGUAUUGUGUAAUAUUAUGUAAUAAAAGGCAAGUUA